AUGAUUAGCCGGUCGGGCGGCAUCCUUGUAGAAGCCAAGGCCGCACCGCAACGCCCUGAUUAUUUAUCUGUGCCCCGUUUGCUCGUGUACUUUGAUAAAUACCGAGAUAUUGAAUGCAUGUCGCGCCCCCACGCGUUGCGACACGGCCCGGGAUGCUCCCUUGGCGUGACGCAACUCAGGCGCGCGGACGCGUUGCGCAAACGCCUCUUUAGCAUGCCGUCUGCGGAGCUUUCUCGCAGAGCGCCGCAUUCGUCGAAGCACCCGCGGCCGUUUGUUUCGCUCGACGCGUUGGACAAAGUGCAGGAGGGGCCG